UAUUAUCAAAAAAAUCAUCCAAGGACGGCCCGUAAGUCGGUACGCGGUUUAUUGUAACCAGUCACAGUUCAUAUGCUCACGCUAAAGAUGGAGUCUGCAAACCAAAUCAACAAUUGAAUCUCCAUCUUCACGAAACCCCCCAAUCCAAAAUAAAUUUCUGUCCUUUUCGGUUCCCGAUUUGAUAAUCUCCACGGCAAGCGCCAGAGGCAAUCUUUACCCUUAAGAUAUCGUUGCUGGUUUUUUUUUCCGGGGAAUUCGCUUUGUUUUGCUUGUCAGAGAACAAUCAAUAGAUCUGGGCAGCGUCGUGGAAGAGUUACCGGAGGCGAUUUAGCGUCUUAGGGUCGCCGUUCAUGGCGUUUACGUGGGGAUCUGCUCUCCGGAUUUCCGUUCUUUUGAUCCUUGUAGCUGCAAUUGUCUUAGCUUGCUAUUUUCUCCCCGUCGAGCAGCUUUUGAAGGAUUUUUUGUUAUGGGUUGAACAAGAUCUAGGGCCUUGGGGCCCUUUUGCCCUAGCUGUUGCGUACAUUCCUCUGACAGUUUUGGCUGUUCCUGCCUCAGUUCUCACGAUCGGUGGUGGCUACCUUUUUGGGCUGCCAAUUGGAUUUGUGGCGGACUCGGUCGGAGCUACACUUGGCUCAGGAGCAGCUUUUCUUCUAGGCCGCACGAUUGGGAAACCUUUUGUAGUUGCAAAAUUGAAGGAUUAUCCUCAGUUUCAGUCAGUGGCACUCGCGAUUGAGAAAUCCGGUUUCAAGAUAUGCUUGCUGCUCCGGCUUGCUCCUCUUCUCCCCUUCAGCAUGUUGAACUACCUCUUAUCUGUAACGCCAAUUACGCUCGUCCCAUACUUGCUUUCUUCUUGGUUAGGGAUGAUGCCAAUAACGCUUGCGUUAGUCUAUGUUGGAACAACUCUAAAAGAUCUUUCUGAUGUGACUCACAAGUGGAGCGAGUUCUCGCCGAGUCGCUGGGCCGCCUUGAUUUCGAGCCUUGUAAUAUCUGGUUGGUUCGGCAUGAUAUUAAUGGUAUGUGUUACGAAGGUGGCGCAGAACGCGCUAAGAAAAGCUUUAGCAGAGCACGGAGGAGACAUGAACGGAGCGGUUGCAGCCUCGCCGGAGCUGAACGUUACGGAUGAUGAUGCUCCUACGGAUUUAAACGAGCCUUUAUUAAUAAAGAUAGAUUCUCAACAACCUCAGGACCAAGAAAACCAUAGUCACUAAAGAAGCUGCUGGCUAAUUUACAUUGUACUAUAUACAGUAAUCUUAUCUUUAACAUACAAAGCAUCAUCAUCAUAGGUCCUCCUUUGGGCAAAAAGAGUCAGCCGUUAAUGCACAGAUAAUAUAUAUCGCUGUAGUUUUUGUUUUCUUGGUUUUUGUAUAAUAACAUAGAUUAAUAAAUUAUUUUUUAUAAAAUGAGUAUUUUUCUUCGUAAA